AUGGAAACACAGUGGCCUAAGGGCGUAGUGGGCGCCACCACCGCCACCAUCGGGAACAUCGAACACCGGAUCUCCUCACAGUUUCCAAGCAAGCUGCUCAACCCAACUCCUCCUAAAAAAAUGGCCAAGAAAGUUAUCCUCGUCACCGGUGGCUCCGGACUCGUCGGAAACGGUAUCCGAAUCGCUUCUGAGCGGGACCCCCGAGACGAUGAACAGUUCAUCUUCCUUUCCUCCAAGGAUGCUGAUCUCACCGACAAAGAAUCCACCCGAAAGGUCUUCGAAAAACACCAGCCCACGCACGUCAUCCACUUGGCCGCCAAGGUCGGUGGUCUUUACGGCAACAUGAAGGCCAACUUGGAGUUCUUCCGAAUCAAUAUGGCAAUCAACGACAAUGUCCUUUCCCUCGCCAAGGAGUUCAAAGUUGAGAAGGUUGUUUCCUGUCUCUCUACUUGCAUUUUCCCAGACAAGACUACUUACCCCAUCGAUGAAACCAUGGUCCACAAUGGUCCCCCACACACCUCCAACUACGGUUACUCCUACGCCAAGCGUAUGAUCGACGUUAUGAACAAGGGUUACAACCAGCAACACGGCUGCAAGUUUACCUCUGUUAUCCCAACCAACGUCUUCGGUCCUUACGACAACUUCAACCUCGAAGAGUCCCACGUCAUCCCCGGUCUCGUCCACAAGCUCCACGUCUGCACCCAGGAGAACAAGCCCUUCACCGUCUGGGGAACCGGAAAAGCUCGACGACAGUUCAUCUACUCCGUCGAUCUUGCCCGACUCUUCUUGUGGGUCAUGCGAUCUUACGAUGAGCCAGACCCAAUCAUCCUCUCCGUCGCCGAGGAGGACGAAAUCUCCAUCAAAGAAGCCGCCGAAGCUGUCGCUCGAGCCUACGGUUUCACCGGUGAGUGGAUCUACGACACUACUCGAUCCGAUGGCCAGUUCAAAAAGACCGCUUGCAACAACAAGCUCCGAAAGUACUUGCCCGAUUUCAAGUUCACCCCCUUCGAUGAAGCCAUCAAGGAGACUUGCGACUGGUUCUCCAAGAACUACCCACAAAACGUUCGACUUUAA